AUGGAGUAUAUCAAACAUGUAACACAGAUAUGUUCAAAUAUUUCUGACAGUUUGAUGGUGGACUGGUACCAAAAACUACGGCUCCUCUCCCGGGCGAGGCCUGUCACCGACCAGCAGUCGCUCCGCUCAGCCCGGAGCUCUCCUAAUCCCCGAGCUCAAGUAGAUUCCGCUGGCCCGCGGCCUGCACUCUCCGCCGGGCCUACGCCUCCCCGGCCGCCCGGCAGGAGCCCAGUCCCCGCCACCGGAGCCGGCCGGGAGAGGGUACAAAACCACCGCCACCCAAGGCGGCUGCCACCAGAGAGGAGCGAACUCUACACUCGCCCAGCAGGAAUUUACCUGGGCGAAUCGGCGUCUGAAUCCAAGGGGAGGCCGAGGCCGCUGUGGCGAGAGACUAUAAUCCGGGCCGGGAGUGGGGGUGGCUACGGCUCCUCUUCCGUCUCCUCAGUGCGGGGAACAUGUAGAGCCGGGGGGAGACCAGCCGAGAAGACAAAUCGUUGCUUCUUCUUCCUCCUCCUCCUCCUUCUCCCACAUAGAAACACUCACAAACACCCGACCAGGGGCCCGAGCUACCGGGGGGGCAUCGCCGCGGGCCCGGGAACCAAUCCUCCUGCCGGCGGGGGCGUCCCUCCCUGCGGCUUGGUGGUGUCGGAACAAAAUGCCGACCGGAAGUGCAGCUGCAGGAAUGACUCCCUCCGCCGGCGCCAAACACUAACAACCACCCCCUCUUCCCCACUCCACUUCCGCCACCGCCGCCGCUGCCGCCGCCGCCGCCGCCACUGCCACUGCCACUUGGGCUCGCGUCCUCGGCCGCGCCGCGCUCGGGCCCAGCCGGGGCCAGCAGCCGGGCGGCGGCGGCUCUCCUCUACGCCCUUCUCCUCAGGGCGGCCGUGGAUGUUGCCAGUAUUGUCGAAGCUUCAGAGCUACGUUUGCUCCGCGACACCGGCGGGCCGGCUCUCCCCGGUCUUUAUUUUCCUGGAGGCGGAUGGGAGCGAGGCCUGAGUUCGGCAGUGGUCGUGAGCGUGGGGGGCACUGAGGCCCGGACGUGCUCGCAGGUCGCGGACGGCGGCGGCUGAAGGCCGCGCUGGCGGUCCCAGAUCGUCGUUAGCUUCAGGGAGCGGAGCUCUGGGCGGCCCCACAGAGGACGCCCGCGAUUCGACGGCGAUGGUGCCCGUUUUAAAUGGUGUCCCUGCAGCCGAGUGGAUGGAUGGAUCGUACUCUUCUUUUGAGGCCGGGACCUUAACGCCCUUCUGCGCGGUAUUUCUGCGGAGUAAGAACGCAGCCCUUGGAGGUGAAGACGACUCUCGACUGGACUGAAUUGGAAUGGCGUUUGUGAUGCGUUUAUUUCUGGAAAUACGCGGUCUCCGCUGCUCUUGCUUUUUGUCGGCGGAGGUUUGGGUUCUUCUCUAACCGUCGUGAUAAAGGCCUGUAGGCGACGCUACGCCAGCGCGAAGCUGUGCUGCGGCGGCCCCGGCGCCCCGCGCCCCCCUCUAGGUGUGGGUGGAGCCGAGCACGCGGGGAGAACCGCCGGCCCCUACUCGGCCACCGGCGCUGGCGGGCGACCGGCGGGCCUGCGGCCGGCUGAUUUCAAACAUCGUUUUCCUCUUUCGGUUUGGAACACUGAGGCGCUGGACAAGGCUGGAAUACAAAACGUGAUUAUACGUGCAGUACCAUGCUUGUUGUAGUUUUUAAAUUGUAAAACAAGAAGUAACUCCGUCGUUCCACAGAUCUCUAUUAAAUUUGUGUAAAUUAAAAGGGGGCUAUUCUUCAGGUUAAAAAGUGCAGUAGGUAAGCGGAUUUUUAUUCGACCGGGACGAAAUUCAUGUUGUAUGACUCGUAUUAUUUGUGUGUGUACCAGUGGGCUAAAAGUAAUUAGGAAAACUUGCUUAGAUCAUUCCUUUUGCCUCAGGCCACUCAGGGGGCCAAGAUCCCGUCAUUCCUCUGCUCUGGGCCCUGCGACGGCUUCCCGUCUUGAGGGGAGUGAGCGAAAGCCUUGACGGAAGUCCCCGCGCGCCGGGGGUGGUGGGGGCGGGCCUGCCCUGGCAUCCUUGCGAUGAGGACUGUGUCCUCGUCGUUCCCUCUGCCAGGUUCUUCCCUGAGCGCCCGUAGGGCUUGCUUCUUCACCUUCAGGGUUUUGCACAAGUGUCACUCUGUGCUUCUGCGGCCACUUUUAAACUGCAGGUUCACUAGCUCCGUUCUCAUUUUUUCUUUUGGACAAUCUACAUAUCCGUACAUGUUUAUGUUGAUAUCUCUCCUUCCCUAGUGAAAUGUAAGCUCUAAGAGGACAAGAGGUUGUGUUUUUCUGCACUGGUGUUGUGGCCAGCUCCUGGAAUGUCACACAGUAGAUGCGUAGUAUUUGGUUAAUGAAUGAAUGACGAUUAUAAGGGCCUCGACGCUCCCCAUUUCUGUCUUUGAUAUGUACUUACGUAUACUUACAUGCUUCAGAGAGCUUUAUAAAAGCUUUAAAGUUUAUAACAGAAUUCUAUAAACAUAGAUUGCUUCUAAACGUUGGAAAGCCCUCCACAACACCAGAAACCCACAAACAAGGGAUAAAAUUGGUUUUUAGGCUUCUGUAAAUGGGAAAGCCCGAGGACAGUGCAUCAAAAAUGAUCAUAUCCAUACUGGGCGGUUGGCUUUGCUCUCCUGAGUCUCAAACUGCAUUCCUCAUCUUGUCGUCCUCUGUCUUGCAAAAUAGAUUAAAAGUGUGAGAAUUUAUUUGGUUGGCUCAGCCUAAAUCCAGCACUAUUGGAAAAGUUCAUUCAGCAAGUAUUUAUUGGGCACAAAUGGGUACCAGGCACAGUGAUUCAAAAGGUGUGUGUUUCUGAGGCUAGGACUGCAUAUAAGACCUUACAUAAAGGACCACAUAGGGCUACUUUGGUUGCUACUCAAUUAUGCUGUCAAGCAAAGCAAAUGCUAGUGAGAUUUAUUUUUAGUUUUCUUCUGAAGAAAAGGUUCAGUUAAAGCUGAGGUCAGGCUUAGUGUGGAUAUUUUAAUUCAUCAUUUAGUUUGCUGUUUGCUUACGCUUAGGGUAGCACUAGAUUUACUUAAUCAUGAUUUUUCAGUACUAUAAAACAAAACGUGGGAAACUGUAUUUCCUAGUUGCCGGAAAAGUAGGCUUUUUAAAGUAAAAUGAGUAAACAUAUCGGUAAACUAGAAGCUAUGCAGUAAGGCUUUGGCUGUGGUAUUCUGAAGUUUCAUAUUUCGUGUAUUGAAUUUUUGGACAAGAAAAGCCUUGAUAGGUAUUUUAUAACCAUUAAUACAAUUAAUGAAACAUUGUUUAGUAAAUCCAAUAUUAUUUUUCCUAUUAAUCUUCAGAACAGCUUUAAUACAGAUGGCUCAGAAUGUGUUUUUCACUGUUUCAAAAUGCCAGUAUUUUCAUUUGCUAAUAGAAGCACAAUUAUUUUCUUGUCUGCUUUCUUAAAUGUUACUGGUAAACUUUUACAUGUCCAGGUAACUGCAGCUGCUACAGGCAGUCUACUGUGGAAAGUCUUGGUAUUGUUGUGUUAUUUAAUUUAAAAUGUUUUGUUUCUUCCCAUUAUUGAGUACUUAUUAGUUGCUAAUUAGCUUUAUGCUAGGCACCUCAUACAUGGUAGUGAAUGAAAACACAACACUACUUCAUUAAGGGUUUUAACUUGUAUAUAGUUUAUACCACUUUUUUUUUCCAGAUUAUAGAAUUAAAUAAAUUUCCCUGCAUAUCACAGCAUUUCUCUAUUAAAUUAAAUAGUAUUUUGCUUGUGUAAAUUUAAGUAUCCAAAUUAAGUCCUUACUUAGAAUCUGUUAAUCUUAGUGUUUUCUUCAUUUCAUUGCCUUAGUGUUGUGGGGUUUGUU